AUGUCAGAGAUUAAAAAGCGCUUGCAGACAUUUUACAAGGACAUUACCACCAGGGAGGUGAAGUUCCUGCUGAACAACCAGCCGGAGAUCACUUUCGAUGAACUCUUUGCCUUGUUGAAGGACAACCAGCUGACGAUUCAAAGAUGCACAGGGUGA